AGAGCAGUAGAGACACAUGGUAAUGGCAACUGCCAGGUGUCGCUGAUUGUGACAAAUUAGGGUUGAUCAGUUGGGGUUGCAGCUCACAGUCUCCCGGUGUGGGAAGGUCAGUCAGAAUCUCUCCUCCUGGCCUCAGCCAUCUUCAGCUGGACUCAAUAUCUGCGCCGUGGCUCCCCCACACCCCUAACGAUCACCAACUUUCAUCCCCUCGCUAUGGACGAGCCAGCUUAAGAUGGAAGAAUGCACCAGAAAUUGGAAACGGUGGUGGUGGAGAAACCGCCACCUUAAUGCAAGACAAGGUUCCCAACAGAGUCUUCUGGGAAGACUUAAACCUUCUGCUCCUGCAUUGCUCUUGAAAUUUAUUAAUAUAAUCUGUUGUAAUAUGUACACUAAGAAAAUAUUGGAAGUCAUAAAGAAGAUAGUGCCAACAUGUAGUAGAGGGCGAGACAGUAGUGCAAACAAGGGUGGACAGAAGGUUUACCCGAGCCGUUUCUGGAUUCUGGGAGUAUUUUCGUUUUUGGCAUGGUUCCAGUGUGUUCAGUGGUCCAUUUGGGGUCCUAUUAGCGAGAGUGUUGAUGCGGCGUUUGAAGGCUGGGGCUCUGGGACCGUGGCCAUGAUGGCCAACUGGGGCACAAUAACGUUUGCAUCGUGCGUUGCACCAAUGUGUUGGCUGAUGAGCACCAAAGGGUUGCGUGUAGGUGUGGUCACUUGUGCUGUGCUGGUUGCUUGUGCAACAGUCGCCAGAAUUCUCCCCUUUAUGGCAGAUUCUGAUAAAUUCUUCACAGUAAUGUGCCACAUUGCAGCCAUACUGAACGGAAUUGCAGGCACCCUAAUCAUGUCUGCUCCACCGAUGAUUGCAGCAGAGUGGUUCCCGCCCAAGGAGAGAACUACAGCCACAGCUGUAUCGCAAGUUUUGAACCAGCUGGGGACAGCAGGGAGCUACCUGGCACCUCUAUUGGUCCAGUCUCCAAAUGCUGGUGUGACUAAGGACCAGAUUAAAAGUGAUAUCAAGACACUUUUAUACAUUUAUGCUGCCGUUGGGGUGACAUUGCUGAUAGCUAUCCUGGUGUACUUCCCUACAAAGCCUCCCACGCCUCCGUCCGUCACAUCUUCGGUGCAAAGACUGAAUUUUAAAUCCAGUUUAAAGAAGUUAAUGAGAAAUCGAAAUGUAUUGCUGACAACAAUUGCAUACAGCGUCUGCAUAGCAAUACCUGCGACCUGGCUCUCUGUUCUCAACUAUUCUCUUAAUGAUCUGGGAAUCGAUCAGGAUAAUGCUAUGUGGGUAGGACUCACAGCUGUGUUGGUGCAAGGAGUGACCGGUCUGUUGGUGGGGCGUAUGACAGAUCUAGUUUACGGCCACGUCAAGGCGUCUCUCCUGUUUUUCAUGAUCAUAUCUUUGGCUUGCUUCUAUUGGUUCUACCUCUUGACAAUGGGCACCAUCCCCGUAACAAAAGGGCAGAUAUUUUGUUCGGUGGUGAUUGGCCUGGCAUCCAAUUUUGCCAAUGCUCCACUAUUCUUCGAGUUGGCUGUGGAGCGAGCCUAUCCCUGCCCUGAGGUUAUUGUUGCUGGCCUACUCACCGGUCUCAUGAACUUUAUUGGGCUGAUAUUCCUCUUCGUCUUUCUAAUUCCUGACAUAGGCUAUAAGUGGGUGACCUAUGUUCUCCUGAGUUCCGGUUCUCUGUCAAUAAUUCCUGUUCUCCUUGUACAAGAGGAUUAUUCUAGAUCGAACAUUGACCGCAAUGUUGAUUCUCCGAUUCCAGAACAAGUUGCAGCAAAAGAAAAGCAAUCUCCACACCAGUUAGCUGUGAUAUAAACAAAAUAAAUAUUACUGAUAAAUCUGACGUCUAAAUGUGAAAUUUUCCAUUUAAUAUUUUUUUUGCUGUUAAUUAAAGCUUUUUCAAUUUGAUUAACCAAAAAAUUUAUCAUUUCCAAGCCCAAUACUACCAUUAAUAUAAUUAAUAUGCCGCAAUCUUUAUACGUAACCAAAAUUAGUUUGGUUAAUUUAUUUGGUUAAUCAAACACUACUGUUGUGUGUUUGUAAAUUAUUUAUUAUUUUUUGCUUAAGGGCAGUAAAGUGGUGAAGGAAAGUAAUAUUUUUUAGUGUAAGUGAGAAUGAGAAGAGAAUGUAGUGUAGUGAGAAUGAAACAAGAUUUGUAAAUGCAGUUGUGAUUGGUCUUUCAUUCCUGCAAUUUUAACAAACACAGUAAUGUAUUUUUAACAAGUAAUGUACUAUGCAUACAUUACGUUAAUCUCUGGAGCAGUACACCGACCUGCAUGACACGAGACAGUUGCUCUACCGUGGUGCCUAAGUGGUUGGACUUUAUAGAAGCAAAAAUUUUUUAAGUUUUAACCUAUGUACAGGUUGUGAUAUUUCAUUAGUAUAUUUGUAAAUAAAAUAUUGUAUGCAUUGAAUAAUGGUUUAUUGUGGGCUGCCCAACUUGUCAUUUUCUCCAACUCCAUUAAAUCUUUCUUACUAUACAUUAUUUUCUUACUCUAAUGGCUCGAGGGGGUUGGGGUACACCUCUAAUCUUGUCUGCCUUUUACCCAUCUAUUGGAAAUUUAUUAUCCAUUCAUCAACUGUGGACAUUUUCUUACAAUCAUUAUCACUUCCCUCCCCUCCCAUCCCAAUAUAGAAUUUUAUGUUAAUGUAACGUGCAUAAACUUACCCGCACAAACUGGUGGAUGUAAACUGCGCCAGUUGGAAAAGAGGAUUUGCCAUUUAUUUCUUUUUAAUACCAGUUUGCUUAUACAUGAAAUACAGAAUAUAAAAAAAAAAGGAUUUUGUGAAAAAAAAGAUAACUAUAUUUUGUAAUGAUUAAUUAGUCAUAACAGUCAUAAAGUGUUACAUCUUAGUGUACUUGAAAUUUUACAAGUGUUAAGCCAGCAUAACUAAAUUAGUGUACAAUGAAAACUGCACAGUAUAUUUUGGUAGCAUACCAUCAAGGUAUUCCCUACAUUUUAUAUUUAAGUGUUGUUGACAUCUGUUUUGACGAAGAGCUUAGUGCUUUUCACCACUAACACUGCCACCGAGGUCUAUAUUUACAUCACCAGUGCUGACUAUUACAGUAUUACAUCCUAGUCACUUUAAAAUGGUUAAGAGAUCAUAGUUAAAAAUAUUUAUAUUACCACCUACAUUGCAUAUAUUAUCCCAAUUUAGAUAAAUAUUGGAGUUGCAGAAACAAAUUAAUUUUGCCACAAUUAAUUUUGCAAAUAGUCUUUUUACAAAGUCAUUAAAUAUGCUAGACAAUCGUUGGGCAUGAGCUCAAUCCUGCCAGAAAUGACUGAUAGAAGGUACAUUUCAUGUAGACUAAAGACUGUGCAAGAAUUCUCUUUGCAUCAAACAUAGCCUCUUAGUCAACUGCUUACCAACAACUUAGUGCACCUAAUUCUUUAAAGAUGGCAGCAGCUCACCCACAACACUGGCCCUGGGCAUCUGAAUUCUCCUAUUCUUUGUAAUGGGACUGAAAAGGCAGCAAACAAAAGGGGUAAAGAGGGAGAAAACUGGCUCAUGUUCAGAAAGGUACUUUCUCAUGUCCAUUCAAAGCUAUAUUUCCAAGGUACACUCUUAACUAAACCCUAAAAAAAAGUGAAAGGGAAUCCACAAAGCAGCCACCUUUGCAGGCAUACAAUACAUCCUAGGUUUCCACACCGGCAUCAAGCAAGCAGGUGAAGCCAAUUCAAAUACUGAAGCUUUAUGCACCUCGAGGGUGAACUACGCACAUGCAUGUAAUUGGCUAGCCUGCUGAAGUCAAGUUCUUAAUGAGAGAUGAAGCUGCCAAAUGACAGAACACACUAGAGGCCUGAUGAGUCUUCCCAAUCCUGAGCAUUCAAAGGGCAAACUUUGUGAGCAGGAACUGGGACAUGAUCUCCCACUACAUCACCGAAUGCCCAGUUAUCAGACCAUUCAGACUCCUUGGCAUGAGGUCCUGGAGCUUUGCAACUACUUUAUUCACUCUCAUGUUCUUGAGGAUAUCCUCAUAUUGCACCCAAAAUUUGGCAGUGCAGGUUACUGAAUGCAUGGCCCUGUAUGACUAACCAUCCUGUGAGAUGGGGACUUUCAGUAUCACUGCUACCUUAUUCACUCUAGUGUUCAUGAUAUCUUCAUGAUGCACCCAGAAUUUGCCAGUGCAGACUACAAUAUGUAUCACAUGCCUUUGUAUGACUAACCAUCCUGUGUGAUGGGGAUUUUAAGCAUCAUGUAGCUAGUUUUUUGACACGCUGUACUCCCCUUCAUAUAGUCUAGAGUAGCUGCACAUAUGUAAAUGUACCUAAAUCUGUUAAUAAAAAAACAAAACUUG